AUGGUUCGUUUCGUGACCUCUCUCCUGGCCUUGUCCCUGUCGGCCACCGUGUUGGCAAGCUCCAACACCAUCACGUGUAGCACAAGCAAGCAGUGCCCGCAGGAUAAGCCCUGCUGCUCCCAAUAUGGCGAGUGUGGUACCGGUGGCUACUGUCUGGGUGGUUGUGACGCCCAAUCCUCCUUCUCGGUUGACUCUUGUGCCCCCAUGCCGAUCUGUGAAAACAAGAGCUACACAUGGGACAACUUGGAUAACACCGUCUUGAAUACCAAGUACCUGGGCAAUGCCUCAGCUGCGGACUGGACCUACAGCGGGUUCCCCAAGACGCAGGAUGGCAACCUCCUCAUGACCAUGCCCAAGAACUCUGUGGGUUCGCUCUUUGCCAACAACCACUACAUCUGGUACGGCAAGGUCAGUGGCAAGAUCAAGUCCUCUCGUGGUAAGGGUGUGGUCACUGCCUUCAUCCUGCUGUCUGAUGUCAAGGAUGAGAUUGACUACGAAUGGGUCGGUGCCGACUUGACUGCCGUCCAGACCAACUACUACUGGCAGGGUGUGCUGGACUGGCAUAACAGUGCCAACGCCUCCGUCACCAACGAGGACACCUUCAAGGACUGGCACACCUACGAGAUCGACUGGCAGCCCGACCAGACCCAGUGGAUCAUCGACGGUGUGGUCAAGCGCACCCUCAAGAAGUCCGACACCUGGAACGCCACUGCCAACCGCUUCCAGUACCCUCAGACCCCCGCUCGUCUGCAGAUGUCUCUCUGGCCCGCUGGCCAGAAGGGUAACGCCCAGGGAACCAUCGACUGGGCUGGUGGUGAGAUUGACUGGAACAGCCAGGACAUUCAGGAAAAGGGCUACUACUACGCAACCGUGGGAAAGGUCGACGUGACCUGCUACGACCCUCCCAAGGAGGCUAAGAAGACUGGCAACAAUGCUUACGUCUACACCUCCGACACCGCCAUGGAAGCCGAUGUUGCCAUCACUGGCAACUCAACCGUUCUCGGUUCUCUCGCUGCGACCGGUUUGAACAUGACCUACGGUGCUCACAGUGGCAGCUCCACCGCUACUGGCAGUGACAGUGUGCCUACGAACAUGGGUGGCACCGGCGGCAUGGCUUCUAACGGCACCAACACAGGCUCUACCGGCACCAGCAGCGGCUCCAGCUCGGGUUCCGGCUCGGGUUCCGGCUCCGCCUCAGGGGCCUCCAGCACUGGGUUCUCCCAGGGUACCUCCGCUACCAAGGGCAACAGCGCCCCUGCGCAGGUCGAGCGUGUGCUGCAGGGCUCUUUCUUUGCAGUCCUCGUGGCUGUUGUCGCUCUGGUGACCCUGUAG